GUCGGCAUAAAGGAUAGCCAGACGGGGCAGAAACUUUAAACCCUCAAGUUCGACUUCCUGAUCAAUUUGGGACAUGUCUCGAGACUUUUUGCUGAGUCCUGUUACAAGGGACAUUUCUACCCAGUUUCGUGUCGAUUGGUGAAAACAGGUGUCAGGGGCUAAAAUGCACAACCUGAUGCUUUGGUCCCCAACCAAUUGAUAAAAAUUAGAAUAUUACUCGUUUAUUUAAUUAUUUACAGCUUGGACUUUAAGAUGUACAAACACAACAGCGCUGACACGUCUCACUACUUCCGGGUAGCGCUCACCUGUUAUACCUGCGCUACAGCGCAGACUCAGCCGCGUCCCGCUUGCGCACCUGCUGUCAUGAUGACUGAGGAGCUCACGGAUUUCACCUCACCGAAGGACGGCGAGGAAACUUCCCCGGCGGUAAAAAGCGAGGCGAUGAGCCCCGCGGAGCAGCCCAUCUUCGCUGCGCUCGGGGGGGACACCUCCUCCUCCGUAGCCGCUGGGAACAAGCCAGGCGGCGGGGCGAAGGCACCUGCUCUGACCGCUGUCAUGGCCACCACCUCCGACAAUGAGUCCGGGAUCUUCUCCGGGGAGAGCGAGACGUGCGUGGAGCACGAGUCCGAGCUGGACUGGUUCUGUGGGACCGAGUUGAAGCUGAUUUGCUCCCACUGCGCCAUAGUUGGCUCCUGCCAUGGACACUCCGUGACCCCCUUGGCCGACAGAGUCACUGCAGUCCGGAAUCACCUGGUGGAUGUGUGUGAGAAAAUGCAGCUGCAGGCGCUGAGAAUGGAAAGGUUCAUCGAGCGCACGCUCACAGCCAAGGAGCAAAAGCUUCAGGUGGCAGCGAGCAUGGCUCGGGAGCGAGUGGUGGCCCGGGUCAGUGCGGCACGCGAGGCCCUCGAGGAAGAAGAGCAGCGCCUCCUGGAGGAGGUCCAACGUGAGGAGGAGCGCGUCGAGCAGUGCCUCCUCACCCAGAGGGCUCACUGGGGCCAAGCCAUGGUCAGCCUGUCACAAACACGCUCCCGCUUGGUGCACACGCUAACGCACUCUCCGGAUGCACAACUGGCGACGGGCAUUCAGGAGAUUGCCGAAAGAGUGGAGGAGGCUGAGGGAGUGGGCCAGCCGUGCGAUACGGAGCAACUCAACAUGAGGCCGGGCUGCAGCGAUAGCCAGCUGCUGAGGGGAAUGUGGGCCACUGCCAUGCUGCACAGGCCAAAAGCUCACGGUUUGCCCUCUUUAAAGUUUGACGAACGCACCGCUAAUCCCCUCCUGCUGCUCUCCGACGACCGCUGCACUCUGACCUUCCUCCACAAGAAGCCCCCCCAGCCGCCGCCUUACGACCCGGCGCGCUUCGACUGCUGGCCCAAUGCCCUGGGCUCCCUGUCUUUGUCCUCCGGCACUCACAGCUGGGUGGUGGAUGUGGGCCACAGCGCCGCCUUCAAGGUGGGCGUCUGCUACGUUGGGCUCCAGCGCAAAGGCUCCGGGGACAUGGCCCGGCUGGGACACAAUGACCAAUCGUGGGUGCUGUCCCACUACGACGGCGAGUACUCUUUCUGGCACGCAGGCGAGAAGGUGCUGCUCCGGCUGGCGACGAGACCCCAAAGGGUGGGCGUCCUGCUGGACUGGCUCAGUCACACCCUGCUGUUUUACGAACCUGAGUCCGCUGCUGUCUUGCACUGUGUUACGCCUAACUUCAGCGCCCCUUUGCUGCCGGCGUUUGCCGUGACUGACCAAAGUAUAACCAUAUUACACUGAAACUGUCAAACUACUUCAAGGUGAAG